UAACAAUAUAAAAAAUUAUUUAUUUAUUUAUUAGUACUUAUCGUCUGGCGGCUAUCACAAAUUAAGAUAGUUAAGAUCGUCUUAAUUCGUGGUACCUAUGUGAACAUUGUGUGUUCUGAUUUCAAAGCUUUCAAAUUUCAAUGUUCAAUGAAAGUUGACAGACAAGUAGACAACAGUUAAUAACGAUGAACAAGUAAUUUAUUUUAAAAUUUAAUUUGUUUUUUAUUACUAUACAAGUUAACAUUAUUAUCCCCGUUUUGGAGAUCGGGUAAGUAUAUCGUUUUUUCCUGGCCAGCAGAUGGUCUCCAACUCGUUCACCAAAGCGGAAAUCGAAAAAUGUCUGUGUAUACAAGGCAAUCCAACGAAAUGGAAAGGGCUGUUGAUUGGAUCAUUAAGGAAGAUCGCCGAUUUGGUGCACCCUUUGUUAACAGUGAGCGACGAAGCAUUAGAAUGUGUCGAAAUGCUAGUUGUUCAAUGUCUGGAGAUACUGACUUUAAGGUCAUCACCACCUCACACUGUAUUUGACAUUGAAGACCAAGUAAAACGAUGGUUUCCUAAGCCAAUAGACAAGUGGGCUAUUAAAGAUGCAAAUGAGGCAAUAGAGAAGAACAAGAAAAAACACCCUUUAAUAUUACCAACCGAUAAAAUUCAUAACUUAGUGCAAAAGGAAAUACUCCAAUACAAGUUAGACUAUCCAGUAGCUCUUUAUAUAACAGCUGUCUUAGAAUACAUGGCAGCUGACAUUUUAAAAUUAGCUGGUAACUAUGUUAAUAAUAUACAUCGUGUAGAAAUCAGCUACCAAGACCUCUGUGUCGCGAUAUGUGGUGAUAAAGUAUUAAUGGACUUGUUUGGCCAGCAUGACAACAAUGGUGACUUGAACCUGUCUGAAUUAGGUAUUGAUAAAAUUCCAAAAACUACUACUUAUGAAGAAGUCAUAAGAGAUCUAAUGCACGAUGAAAGACAACUUAUUAGAGAUUUACAUUUAAUUUUAAAAAUUUUCAAAGAAGAAAUUGAUCGUAUCAUUCCUGUAGGUAGCAGUCAAGAAUUGGAUAAUAUGUUCAACAAUAUUACAGACAUAUGUAAGACUACUGCUCUAUUUUUAAGUUCUAUUGAAGACAUAUUGGAAAUUGCAGAGGAUAAAUCAGCUACAGUUGGUUGUUGUAUUGAAGAGUUAGCAGAAGCCGCUGAAUUUGAUGUGUUUGCACGCUAUGCAAAUGAUAUUGUUAAAAAACAAUGUAGGGAUAUAUUUUGGAAUUUAAUCGGUAAACCAGAAGUUUCAAAUUUACUUCAAUCAGCUGGUUAUGGUUUUAAAGAAGCUGUAAAAUAUUAUUUUCCAAAAUUAUUACUUUUACCCCUGUGGCAUUGUAUUCUCUAUUUUGAGUAUUUUAGAAUUUUACAUCAACUUUCUCCUUCCCAGCAUGAUAGAGAGUGUUUGGAACAAGUAGAAGGCAUUUUGAGACCCUUACAAUUACAAAUGACAUCAGCUGCAAAUCAAGUUAACUUACCAGAUAAUGUCAAAGAAUUUGGACUCAAAAUUAAUGCAACACCUAGACGAUUGUUAGCCAUUGAAAAAUUGAAUGAAAUGCAAAAAGCUAUUGAUGGUUGGGAUGGUAAAGAUAUGGGUCAAUGUUGCACAGAGUUCAUAAGAGAAGGAGUACUUGUAAAAGUUUCAAGUGGAGGUAAGCGUUGUUCAGAGCGUAAAGCAAUCUUAUUUGAUGGUGUUCUUCUUUUAUGUAAAUCAAAUAGCAGAAGAACUUCAGUAUCGGUCAGCUCUCAACUUGUUGGUGGUUUAUCUGAGUUCAAAUUAAAAGAAAAAUUAUUUAUUAGAAAAGUGGAAAUUGUUGAUAGAGAUGAUACAGACGAGACAAAAAACUUUUUUGAAAUAGUCCCUCGUUUACAGCCACCGGUAAUAUUAGUUGCCAAUUCUUUUCAAGAUAAAGCUAAUUGGAUGGCCGAUUUAAUUAUGCUGAACACAAAAAGUAUGCUAGACAGAACCUUAAACAGUAUACUACUUGAUGAAGAUAAAAAAUUUCCCUUACGGUUACCUUCAAUUGAAGAAUACAGAUUUGUUGAACCUGAUUCUCGGUCUAACAUAAUUUUUGAGGAAAAGGAAAAUAAUGGUGUUCCUCUUAUUAAAGGUGCCAUUUUGCUGAAACUUAUAGAAAGAUUGACAUAUCAUAUUUAUGCUGAUCCAAAAUUUGUAAAAACAUUCUUAACAACAUAUCGCAGUUUUUGUUCACCUCAUGAAUUAAUGGAUCUCCUAAUCGAAAGGUAUAACAUUCCCGAGCCUUUUGGUAUAACAAUGGAUUCAGUAAGUCUUCGAGAUGAAACAAAACGAUUUAAAAAAGAAUAUUUAGUACCUGUUCAAUUUAGAGUGUUAAAUGUGAUUAGGCAUUGGGUCGACUAUCACUAUUAUGAUUAUCAAUGUGAUCCGUAUCUAUUAGAUAAAUUGCAUGCAUUUAUAGAAUCAAUUAAUGGAAAAUCAAUGAAAAAAUGGGCGGAUUCAGUUAUUAAAAUAAUUCAAAGAAAAACUUCUGAAGCUCAAAAAGAAAUAACGUUUGCAUUUGAUUCGCCACCACCAGCAAUUGAAGUACAUAUGGAUUUUAAUGGAAAUGAUGAUUUUAACAUUCUACUUGUACAUCCUAUUGAAUUUGCAAGACAGUUGACUCUUAUUGAAUCUGAAAAUUAUAGAGCAGUUAAACCUUCAGAGUUGGUUGGAUCUGUAUGGACUAAAAAAGACAAAGAAAUAAAUUCUCCAAAUUUACUUCGAUUAAUCAAACGUACUACAAACUUUAGUCGUUGGAUUGAAAAAGCUGUUGUUGAAUGUGAAAAUAUUGAAGAGAGAGUAGCGGUUGUGUCAAGAUUUAUUGAAGUAAUGAUGGCUUUAGACGAACUAAAUAAUUUCAAUGGUGUCUUAGGUGUUCUUUCAGCUAUGAGUUCGGCUGCAGUAUUUCGCCUAAAAUUUACAAUGCAGUCAGUCAAUGCUAGACUUGAUAGAGCUCUAGAAGAAGCUCGAGAUUUGAGUAAUAAUCAUUUUAGAAAGUAUCAAGAUAAAUUAAGAAGUAUAAAUCCACCAUGUGUCCCAUUCAUUGGUAUGUAUUUAACAAAUAUAUUACAUAUUGAAGAAGGUAAUCCAGAUUGUUUGACAAACAACCCAAAUUUAAUAAAUUUCAAUAAGCGGAGAAAAGUGGCAGAAAUUAUUGGAGAAAUCCAGCAAUAUCAAAAUCAACCAUACUGUUUAAAUGUCGAGCCUAAAAUAAAAAAGUUUUUAGAGAACUUAAAUCCUUUCAAUGAUAUGAAAGAUACAGAUAUUAGUAACUAUUUGUAUGAAAAAUCUUUAGAAAUUGAACCAAGAAAUAGCAAACAAUUUCCCAAGUAUCCACGAAAAUGGCCAGACUUAAAUCUGAAAUCACCCGGCUUAAAGUCUAAAAUACGAGUGCCAUCAGUAUCCUCCAAAGAUAUGGAUGUCCAAGGCAGAAGAAAUUUAAGUUCAUCAAGUUCUUUAGUUAUUCAAAUGGAUAAAAGAGAUGCAGAUGAUUCUGUCUUCGCACCAGUAACAUUUACUUUAGGAAAAAAUAACGAUGUUCCUCCAGUUCCACCUCGACUGAGUAAAAUAGAUGGAUCUUUCAGACCACCUAUACCACCAAGAAGAAUGGCUCCACCUUUACCUCCGAGAAGAUUACUAGUUGAAGAAGUUUCAACUUUCAAGAAAUUUGUUGUAGACUUACCCAAACCAGAAACUAAUCAAGACUUGAAUUGGAACAAAAACCUUGUACCGGUAGUUAGUCCUAGUAAAAAGUCUAUAGAUCUAAAAACAAAAGCAAUUAAUUUUCCCAAACGUGAUAAUACUUUUGAACGUCUGAGCGGACCACCAUUCUCAAGGCCAGAAGCUAUACAAAACUCUAGGUUUCCAUUCAAACUAUUUGUACUAAAAAAAACAACUCCUUCUAUGUUCCAAUUCAAUGUUUGAAUACCUAAUACUAUUUUCUAUAAGCAUUAUAAAUCAAUAUAUCAAGAACCAGUUAUGAAAUGAUUGCCAAAUUUUAAUUUAGUUGUAUAAAUGUAUCCAGACAAAUUGUAUUUUAGUUAACUUAAGUAAUGACCCUAGUAUAUCCUAUAAACUUGUAAUAUGCGAUACCAAAUUCUGGAUAAAAUAAUAUAGGUUCUCGGGUUUUAUUUCUAUAUCACAUAUUCAUUUUUCUCUUUGAAAUUAUCAAAACAUGUUUUUAAUUUUCAGUGAAAUGAAUUCUUCCGUUACAUUUUUAUAAUUUAGUCCAUUUGUUAUAGAUUGUAUUCUGUCAAUUUGAUUUUUAUAUUUGUAAUUCCAUAACACCAACGUUUGGUCCAAUAUUAAAUAAUGUUGGAUUGAAAUUAUUAUUGAAAAAAAAUUGCGUUUUGUCUGUGAUAACCUGUGUAUAAUUUGACCUUGGAUAUUUGUUCUUGAUGUAUUCGUACAUUGUUACAAGCCAUGCAGAUUUACAAAUUGUGUAGUACCUAUUGAUUAAUAUUGUAAUAUUGUGAAAGUAUGUAGCUAAAAUAUUGAUAUUUCAAUAUAUUUUACUGUUUAUUAUCAUAUUAUGUAAACACUUUAAAAAUUAUUUUUACAGUGUUAGAAUAUUUUGAGUAGUGAUAUAUGAAGAUCAUAUGAUAUUAAGCUUUAAUUUAUAUACAACAUUGACUAUUGAGUAAAAAAUAUACCUAUACAAUGUAUAUUGAUCAAAACCUACAACAUAGUGAACAUGUGUUUAAAAUAUAUUAAAAUAUUCAUUAAGUGUAUCGUGUAUGACACAUAAGUUUACAGACACUUAUGGUGCUUUAAAACAAAAAAAUGGUGAAAUUAUAUAAAAGUUAAACUACCUACUUAAGUUGUAGUCCUAUUUUUCAUAUUAUUAUUUACUAUAUUUGUUGUAGGUUAUAUAGAUUUAUAGAAUUAUUAUUCACAAUAUAUCAUUAUUUUUAAGAAUAUAAUUAUUUUAAAAUAUAUUCUUGAUUUAUGUUUAGUUUUAGUAACUUAGCAUUAAUACUUUUUGUAGUUAGUUGAUAAACACCAUGAUAUGUUCAACUUUGUUAAAUAGAGUAUAGAGCUAUUAUAUUUUUAUUGAAUAAAUCAAACUAAAUUGUUAUGAUAAUAUAUCGAA